CAUGGAGCUAAUUGUAUAUAACUGCUUAUCUCUCCUCAUUUUCCCUUUCUAUCUCUAGUCUCAUUUUCUCUUUCUAUCUCUAGAGUCUAUAACAUCUCUCUAUUUGAUUUGGAGCGUUUAUAUCUGAACCAGGUUCGAGCUUGGAGAAACAGCGCAGCUGAAGCUUAUAGCUCCGACGUGGCGUCAGCACAUUAAUAGCUUUUCCCCAUGGUGUUAACUUUGAUCCCAACGACUCCUGACGGCAUUUAAAGAGCGAGUUAUGAGAGGCGUAGACAUUAGAGGAAAGGAGUGGCGUGAAGUUCGCAUUUUUGAGGAGAAGAAAAUAAACUGAGGAGAGAGAGAGAGAGGAGUGAGUGCUGGUAGCUGGUGAGGAGAAAGAUACCAGUCUGGCGCAUUAAAUUCCCCUGCCCUCCACCACCACCGCGCGCCCUCUUUAUAAACGUAUUAGCAUAGAUAUCUAUAGCUCACCACCACAUUAUUCUAUCCCGCUCUUGAGCUAUUGUUAGUUGGGGGAAGAGAGAUCGAUCCCGGCGUGCAGGGGUGGGAGACUAGGUUGGAAUGGAGGCGGCAAUGUGGUUGGCUGCCGCGGCGGCGUGUGCGGCCGCGUACAUGAUCUGGUUCUUGCGCAUGGCGGCCGGGAUGCGAGGGCCGCGCGUUUGGCCACUUGUUGGGAGCCUGCCCGGCCUCGUCCGCAACGCCGAGCGCAUGCACGAGUGGAUCGCCGACAACCUCCGACGAACUGGAGGGACGUACCAGACUUGCAUCUGCGCCGUGCCGCUCCUCGCCCGGCGGCAGGGUCUCGUCACCGUUACAUGCGACCCACGAAACCUUGAACAUAUCCUGAAGACCCGCUUUGACAACUACCCCAAAGGCCCCACAUGGCACGCUGUCUUCCAUGACCUGCUCGGAGAUGGAAUAUUCAACACCGACGGCGACACCUGGCUCCUCCAGCGUAAGACCGCCGCUCUCGAGUUCACCACCCGCACGCUUCGGACGGCCAUGUCACGGUGGGUCUCCCGCUCCAUCCAACAGAGGCUGCUUCCUAUACUCGACACUGCUGUAGCCGAAGCUUCCGCCGUCGACCUGCAGGACCUCCUCCUCCGCCUCACCUUCGACAACAUCUGUGGCCUUGCAUUCGGCCGCGACCCGGAGACUUUAGCCCCCGGGCUACCGCUGAACGAUUUCGCCACGGCCUUCGACCGCGCCACGGAGGCUAGUCUGCAGCGUUUCAUUUUUCCGGAAGUGCUGUGGCGGUUCAAGAAAUGGCUGCGCCUUGGCAUGGAGGGAACUCUGUCCCAAUCUGUAGCCCACGUUGACCGCUACCUUUCCUCCGUCAUUAAAGCCCGAAAGCUCGAGCUGAACUCCGGCCACGACGAUCUUCUCUCCCGCUUCAUGCGCAAGGGGUCUUACACAGACGACUUUCUCCAGCACGUCGCCCUAAACUUCAUCCUCGCAGGCCGCGAUACUUCCUCCGUCGCGCUUUCAUGGUUCUUCUGGCUCGUCUCUACCCACCCUGCUGCCGAGCAGGCGAUAAUCUCCGAGCUCUACUCUGUCCUCUCCGACACCCGCGGCUCUAACGAUUACAAAGCCUGGAUCGACUCCCCGCUUGCUUUCGAGGAGCUUGAGCGCCUUGUGUACCUCAAGGCUGCACUUUCCGAGACACUGAGACUGUACCCUUCCGUUCCAGAGGACUCGAAGCACGUCAUCGCCGACGACGUGCUCCCUGACAACACAUUCGUUCCAGCGGGCUCCGCCAUCACCUACUCCAUCUACUCUACCGGACGGCUGAAGUCGAUAUGGGGCGAUGACUGCCUGGAAUUCCGCCCGGAACGCUGGCUUUCCAACGACGGCAGCCGGUUCGAACCGCCAGCUGAUUUCUUCAAGUUCGUCGCUUUCAACGCCGGUCCCCGCGUCUGCCUAGGCAAAGACCUCGCCUACCUUCAGAUGAAAUCCAUCGCUGCAGGCGUACUCCUUCGCUACCGUAUUGCACUAGUCCCAGGCCACCGCGUCGAGCAGAAGAUGUCGCUCACCUUGUUCAUGAAGUACGGUCUCCAUGUCAACGUCCGCCGCCGCGAUGACUUCUCCGCAUUCCGGCCGGCGGUUGGCGUCGUCGCAGUCGCUUCUGGUGCAUGAAACGUUGGCUAAGGCGCAAGUCGGUGGCUUUCCGCGUGAUUGUAGAUAGACAGCAAUUACUACAUUGAAUACGGAGUCAGUAUUGGAAGAUAUGGAAAAUCACGCAAGUAAAAAUUACAAGUUUUAAAGACUGGGCGCCCACACCUAUAGUUUAAAGGAAUUGGUUGGUGAGAUCGCCGGAGCUCAUUCAUUUGUUGCAAUUCAUAACACUUGUCGUGUAGUCACUAUGUACUAAAGCCUGAAGUGUUUUCUACUAUGAUUAUUAUUUCUAUUAGAUGAAUUACGGUGACUUACUGGGAGAUUUAGGACUAAAUCCUUUCAGUAAUUCACCCUGUUCAUCAUGCUAUUAUAGAUUAUAUUUGCUGGAUUUUAAUAAAGGAUAUGCGAACUGAUGCUA